AUGGGUUGUAGACAUUCAUCAUCACCACCUGAAUCACCAGUUAAAUUAGUACAAAAUGGAGGUCCAAUUAUAUUAAAAAGUAAAAUAUCAAUACAUCGUACACAAGUUAUUGAUCAACGAAUAUCAAACGGUAUCAAAACAUCUAGAUUAUCAAUAUGUUCAAAAAAAAUAUCUCGUUCAUUAUCUCCUUUAACAUUACCAUUUACAGCGUUAUCUCUUCAACAAACACUCAAUGGUGAUGGAAAACAUUUAAUUAAACGAUUUGAACUUGAUACACCAUGUCUUAUACUUGAUGUUUCACGAACACAUACUCUAUUAGUUGAUGNCUAA